CUUCGCUCGCCUCAGUCUGGCUCGGCCGUCGCACAGAAACGACGUGUACGAGUUGCGUGCUACACUCGCCACUCGCGAGCCUCCGGUCGAAUAAAAACUUCAUCUGAUAUUCGAACGAAAAGAGCACGCGCGGCGAAAAUAGUGAGCUCGUGGCUGGGACUGUCGAUAAGAAGGUGGGAGAACGAGUGGUAGGUGCAGGCAGUAUGAUGCUGCCUGCGCUGGCGCUGCUGGUGCUGCUGACGCUGGCCCCAGCGGGGCCCGUAGCAGCGCGUCGUCAUGCACCUGACUUACGGGAGGACGAGCCUGCGCGUCGCACUACACGCCCUGCCGAAUGUCAGUUCGGGAAACAAGCGAAAGAACUCGGUUCGACGUGGUUCGCGGACCUCGGACAGCCUUUCGGUGUGAUGUACUGCAUCAAAUGUGAGUGUAUAUCGGUACAAAAGAAGCGUCGGGUUGUAGCAAAGGUGCAUUGUCGGAACAUAAAGAAUGAAUGUCCGGAACCUUCCUGCGACACGCCCACGCUCCUACCCGGUAGAUGCUGUAAGACCUGUCCAGGAGAUGUAAAUUCUCCUGAUGUCGUACAAGAGGAUAGUCCGACAGUUGUGAUCACGACUAAUGAAGACGAGGAACUGAGUACAAAACAUUUCGGAGCUUUGCUAACCGGUCGUUCGCCGCUGUGCAUACGGCGCGAUGACAUGACAGGAGUCCCGGUGGCUUCAGGCGUAGCAACCGCUCGCUUUACCUUCCGACGUCGCCACCUAUUCUGGUCGGUUCUACUCGGACCAUCUAUGGUUUUACAACCACGAGCCUUAGCUUUCCUAGACAGAGGUGGACGUAUGCUCCUUGAACAUCCUUUAAAACGGGCGCCGGGAAUUCAUAAAACUUACGAGGAAAAAACUGAUAAGUUGUGUGGCGUCUGGCGUCGAGUGCCUCGGGAAUAUAAGCGCUUAUUGAGAGAAGGCUCUUUGUAUGUCGCCUUGAUUUGGGGUGACGAGCGUAACAAUUCGAUGGAAAGUGCUCUCAGUGGUCGAAUAAAUAGAUACCCAGCGCUUUCUACGGAAAUGUUUACGUCUCUGCUUGAACCAGAACAUAUACCUACGACGAUUGGUAACGGACCUUGCGAUGAUUACCGCUCCCCAGGGCAAGAAGAGGGUUGGUGGGGAGGAACAGCUGUCGUCACGGGAGCUGCUGGGGCUGCCCCCAGUUUGCACUUGGCUAUCAUAUACAAUGGUGUGUUCAUGCCUGCUACAAGAGAUCCAUCCGUAAGAGUUCUGCUGACGCUCCCGGAAAGAAAUCAAACGAUUAUUGACGAGAUACAAAAAGUUAACAAACCGGGUUACGAAUUAAACAUAUUAGAAGUUUCUACGCCUGUGUCCGCUGCAGAACUGCGAUCACUAUCAAGAGGACGUUUGCUACUAUCCGUGGAAGCUCUACGCACUUCAGAAAGACGCAUAUCUGGUAGCGUCAGGCAACGAGCAGCUUGUGAAGUGUUCCAUGCACCAUUGAUAGCUGAAAGGCCACCUGCAGCUGUUACCCCCGAGGGUCUGGCAUUGUUAUAUAUUGACAAGGAUGGAUCACUUGUGUAUGAUAUACAGAUAGAGAAUUUGAGUAUAGCAGAUCCGAAGAUUACUCUAGUAGAAGAACAAAGCAAACGUCAUUCGCAAGUGGAGAUAUUAGAUACUAGAAUUGGAGUUCUAGCCAGACCAAGCGCUCGAAUUUUCCCUCCAUUGUACGAAGAUCAACUUGCUGUUCAUAUUGGUUCAGAUACAGGUCCACCAAUGUUACGAGGCAGAUUACUGACUCGACCUUUACCAGACGCGGCUAGUUCUGGACCAGCUCUGCUAAGACGCACAGAUGUUCGUAUGUCUCCCUCAAUCAACCCGGUCGCUGGUCUCGCGUGGCUGUCCGUUGAUGCUUUAUGUGGAAUGAAUUAUGAGGUUGUAAUAAAUGGUUACUCUGGUUCCUGGUCCGCAUGGCUCGACAGUCAUGCAGCUGGGAGCCCUAGGGCUUUGGCAGGAGCUGAAGGUUCUGUUCUAGAACCAUCAGCGAUGGAGCUAACGGCUUUGAACGCUGGCAACGCGUAUCUUAAUGUCCGAGCUUCUGAUAAUGACACUGAAUUCCUGCGUACGCGUUUACCACAGAUAAGCGUGCCACUCUCGUGUCUCCCAGACGUGCCCGAUUCCGACAACGAGUUGAGCGCAAACUAUGCGCCGACGCACGUUAAUUCGCCCCCACCUGACAACUCACUUUCUAACACAGCCUCGUGUUAUUAUGCUGGGAAAACGUAUGAGGACGGUGCGCAAUGGAUGUUGACUGAGUCUUGCCAUAUGUGUGGUUGCGUGCACGGCGUGCUGCGUUGCGACCCCGUACGCUGUCCGCCCGUUAACUGCGCCGUGCCCACGAUACAGCCCCCCGGACAAUGUUGCCCUAUUUGCACUAAUUCAACUAGUGCUGUUUGGAACGAAUCACAUGGUUGUCACCUUGCCGGACAAUAUCAUGCACCUGGUUCUUCUUGGCAUCCAUAUUUAGUACCAGGAGGCUAUGAUACGUGUGCGAUAUGUACAUGUGAGUUUCCGACACGACAAGUGCGAUGUCCACGUGUUAGUUGCCCGCCAUUAAGAUGCGCAGAAAAAGAUGCAUAUAGACCAGAUAAAAAGGCGUGUUGCAGAGUUUGUCCAGAGGUCAAAGCAAAGAAAAUAGAGGAAGAAACGCCUAAAGAUCAGGGUGCGCCGCGAACCGCAGAGGAAAUUCUUGCGGAAGGCGGUUGCAAGUUUCCGGACGGGCCCCUGCCUAAUGGCAAAGAAGUUCAUCCAUCAAUACAUUCACACGGCGAACAGAGAUGUGUCACGUGCCGGUGCAAGGACGGCGAAGUGACGUGCAUCCGCAAGCGAUGCGGGCGGGCGGCGUGCGCGCGCCGACGCCGCGGCGACGCGUGCUGCGCGUGCGCACGCCACCGCCGCCAGCGCGCGCCGCCUCCGCCCAGCUGAGCGCCGCGCGUCCGCGCCCUGCGCCCCCUCGUCGCCCCGCGCGCCCCGCGCCCUCGCGGACCCCCGUCUAUACCCCAGACUGCUCCUAGGCUAAGUGAGUGAACGCUUCGCUCUAUAGACUGAUAUAUUUUUAUGUUCUCUUUCGAUUCGAAUGAGUCCGUCUAGUUUAGUCGGCGUGCGGCGGUCGGCCGAGCGACUCGGAGCAGCCGGAGCGCCCGGCGUCGAAUAUUCGCUUCCCACCGGUAUUUUAAUUGGUAUUAUUCAGAAAUUUGUUGGCGCAGGGAGUGCUUCGCCGACCGCGUCGGUCGUCACGAUCGCACGGAGAGUCAGGAAUGUGAGCGCGGUCGAUGUUAAAGAUGUGCCAUAUUUUCUUAAUGUAAAUAAUAAAUUAUUAAACUUUAUUAUACCUAUGUGCAUAUUUAUUUACGACUCUUAAGGAAUAUUUCGUGGUGUAGCGAUCGUAUCAUGUAUUUUCGACACCAUCACAGAUUGUUUAUUGUCGUCGAUUCGAUCAUCUCUAUUUGUGCAUUUGCUUGUAGUUUUAUCUUUACGUUAUGCCACACUUGUACAUGUUACAUAUUUUAUCGGUAGCUCUUACCGUAUUUAAUCAGCCUGUGUUAACUCUAAUAUGUAAGUAAACAUAAGUAUGCGUAACUUAAGUUCGAUAUAUUCAUGCGAGUAUCGGCCACAACACACUUUGUAAAUACUUUUUACACUUCGUUUUACUUAUAAUGAUAUAUGAUAAUAUACCUAAUGAUAUUGUUCGUUUAGUGUAUGCUGUUAAAAACCGGUAGCAUGGUUACACACCGUUAUAAAGCAAUUAGAAUUUAGUUAAAGUGAAUUUCUUGACUAGUUUUGUUUAAUUACUAGGUACAGUUUUUAUAGUUACGUAAUUAAGGAAGCUAGUCCAAAUGUGUUGAUGUGAUGGAUACAAUGCCAUGUAGCUAGAAAUAUGUCUGCUUUGAUUGAUAUUGAUAAAUAUAAUUAUUAUUUUACGAUAGACUAAAUCUAAAAGUAUUUAGCUUAUACGGCAAACAAAAUAAUCGGGGCUUACUCUGUGAGAAUUUGCCAAAAAUUUGUAAACAUUGUAAAGAGAAAGGCGUUUGUGGGAUCUAGUCCAUCAAAUUGUGAAUGUAUUAUAUUGUUAUACUCACGUUAUUGGCUAUCUAAUUUUAUGUUUUUUACGUAAUUAAAAUACGAUUCGAUAAGGGCACGAUUUAUUCUGGUUUUAGUUCUAUAAUCUAACCGUAGUGAGUAAUCACAACUAUGGCUUGCGAAUAACAUAACUAAUAGCCAUAAUGGGUACUAUAAACUUGCUUGUAUUGCAUUGUUUUUAUUUGAUAAUUAUUUCUAGUUGCCGACUCGAUUAUUUUCCCUCAUUAUACAAAGGGAUUUAUAUUUAUAUUUGAUUCUAAAAUGUUAUAUGUACCUAUUGAAUGUAUUUAAUUUGGAAUAUAAGAAUUAAAUCUAGCUAGACUUGUGGAACUGGUCAAAAUUUCUGUAAAACGCCAUACAGUUUUAGUAUGCAAUAAAUUACCUGUGAAUUCAAA